GUCAGCGGAUUCGCGGAUUUAUUUAUUUCACCGAAAAGAUAAACAAACCGUGAGACCGAACAUCAACAACGCUCAGUAGUUUUUUUCCGAAAAUUUAUAAGAAAUCCAGAUACCCGACCUUUGACAAAACCCGGAAACGAUGGACGAAACCCUCUCGGAUUGUUUCACCUGUAUGCGAAAGACGGACAACUUCCUGCGCAUCUGUGACAAAGCAAACACCGAGAACGUUGACCAGAUCCUGGCCAGGCACUUUUGGUUCGAUAAAAAGGACUUUGAGCUGUCCACGUUAUGCACCAGUUGCUGGGAGAAGAUUGAAGAAUUUCACAAAUUUUAUUGUGAGGUAGCAAGUGUCCACAAGAUUGAUGUUCUGCAAGACCUCGUUCAGGUGAAGCAGGAAUCGAGCAAGAGGAAACGGGGAUGGAAGCGUACUACAAAGGUUUCUGAUGACGAAGACGAAUGGAAGCCGCCCACUGAUUUGAUCGUUCCUGUGCCGGUGCAGGUGAAGCUCGAGGUUGCAGAACAGGACGAACCAGCGGGGGACAUUUUUGCUCAGGAACAUAAUCAGAUCAAGCAAGAGGCAGAAGGACAGCUCGAUGGAUCUGAGGAGGAAACUGAAAGCGAAGACGAUGACGAAGAUGAGGAGGAGGAAUCGGACGAAGAUUCAGGCAAACCGAUUGCCGCAAGACGAAGGCAAGCGAAGAAGCAAGUUCGGCGAGGCCGAAGAUCUACGAUGGGACAGAAGGAUGCAUUUAUCCUGACGCAUCUGGAAAAGCUAGUAUGCGAUCAGUGCAACGAAGUGUUCAACAGCUUCAUCAAGCUGGAGAAGCACUGCCGCGAAGCUCACGAUUGCCCAGCGACAGUCGUUUGCUGCAACCGUCCUUACCAGAAACUGAUGGGAUUGUACAGUCACCUGUGCCGACACAAGAACAUUUACAAACAUCACUGCAAGGAGUGCGACCGGUGCUUCAAGAAUAGGGACGGCCUCAAUAUGCACAAUUUGCUACAUCACACGCCGGAAGAGGAGAAAAAGUUCCGCUGCCAUAUGUGCGAGACGGCCUUUGCGACGGAGACGUUGCUGACGAGUCACCUCAACUGGCACGCCACGGUGGAACCGAAGAACAUUGUGUGCCAGAAGUGUAACAAGUACUUCACAAAUACUAAAAUGCUCGAAAACCACACAUUAACCCAUCACCCUGAACUGAUCAACCCUGAGGAUUACCCCAUCAGCGGCACAGAUGGCACUUUCCUGAUGCAGCAAUCACUGGUCGGAGAUGAUUCUAUGAAGCAGGACCCAUGCGCGGAAAACGGAGCAGCAGAACAACCGGAAUCGUCGAUCAAAAAGUCUCAGGAGCUGGCGAAACCGGUCCGGCGUAAAACGCCCGAAGAAUCGGCCAAGGAGGACGCGUUGAUCCGGAAGUAUUGCUCGCUAAACUGCGAGACGUGCGAUUUCGUUGGGGAUACAUUCAGCAAGCUGGAAGUACACUACAAGAACGAGCACGACACGCGUGGUUUUGCCCUCUGUUGCAACCGGAAGUUUGGCAAGAAGAGUCGCCUGUAUGAGCACGUGUGCGUUCACGAGAAUCCCCACCACUUCAAGUGCCAGAUUUGCGCGAAAACCUUUCAGAACAGUUUCGGUCUGUCGAACCACAUGAUGUGGAAGCACACGCCGGACUCGGAGAAACCGUUCCGUUGCGACGUUUGCGGUAAUCGGUUCUGGAAGGAUUACCUUCUGAAGCAACACAUGGAAUACCACUUGGCGCUGGAGGAGAAGAAGUACGCCUGCAAGGAGUGUAAUCGAUUCUUCGGAACCAAUCUGCUGUUGAAAUCGCACGAACAGACAGUGCACGGUCUCAGUGCCAGCUGGGUGUGUGACAUUUGUGCCAAGGGGUUCCCGUUGAAAUCGGCACUGGAAUUCCACCGACAGCAGCACACCCAGGAGGGCCGGGCUGCCCAGAAGGCACAGUGCAAGCAUUGCAAGCUUUGGAUGAAGAACAUCCGCAGCUUGCGCAGUCAUCUGAAGCGCUGCAAGUCCGACCCGGUAAGCUGUGAAAUCUGCGGCAAGGAGUGCUCCAACGUGUUCUCCCUGCAGGGUCACAAGAAGUUUGUCCAUUCGAACACCACGGUGUAUUCGUGUUCGUUCUGUGCAAAACCGUUCAAGCGGCUGCUUCGGUUGAAGGAACACGAAGCGGGCCACACCGGAGAUUUGUUGUACAAGUGUGAGUUCUGCCCACGGACGUGCAACUCCAGCUCCAACAUGUAUACCCACAAGAAGGUGUCCCAUCCAGAGCAGUGGGCCGAGAAGAUGGCCCAUAGAUACCAUCAGCGAUAGGGAGGAACGAGUUUGAUUAGUGUUGUCGUCGGUAAGUCAUGAUGAAUUUAUUCUGGAGCUUGUU